AUGGCGCGGAAUUCCGAAAAGGCGCAGUCUAUGCUGUUCCGCUUCCGGGCGGCGCAGGCUGCAGAAUCAGGCCUGCUACCCAGCUCUUCGCUACGUCGACCAAAAGCCCCGAGCACGGUCAGCACGAUCCCACUCUGCGAGAAAUGGCGCGGCCAGGUCCUCAAGGAGAUCUCGCGCAAGGUGACCAAGAUCCAAGACGAUAGCCUGUCGGACUUCCAGGUCCGCGACCUCAAUGACGAAAUCAACAAGUUGAUGAAAGAGAAAUGGGGCUGGGAGCGAAGAAUCAGGGAACUGGGCGGCCCGAACUACAUGCGCGGCGGUAGCACCGUGUUCGAUGAUCAGGGACGCGAGGUUCCCGGCGGAGGCAAAGGAUACAGAUACUUCGGCCGGGCGAGGGAGCUGCCCGGGGUCAAGGAAAUGUUUGAGCGCGCGGCCAAGAGAAGGGUGCACGGAGACGAGGAGGAGGAAGCCGGCAAAGUUAAACCGGGGCAGGACAUCUAUCGCAAGAAUCUCGACGCCAGGUAUUUCGGCUUCGGGCCUGACGAGGAAGAUGGCUCCCUUCUAAAGUACGAGCGGAGGAAGGAGAAAGAGGCCGUCGAGAGGCUCGCGAAGCUGGCCGAGAGCGACGAAGACGACCCUGACUGGGAUCCGCUGCCUGGCGACGCUGGUGACGGCGUGAGAUGGCGGCUGCCCACUCUUCAAGAAGUCCAGGAAGAGCUCGUCGACCGACGGCGCAGACAAUUGCUCGACAGAUUGAUCUGA